AAGCUUUCUCACACCCAAACGAUAUUUUCAGUUUUUAAAAUUUGAAACCUUUACUGAUCAAAGAGUGAAUCAGAGAGUAAUGGAGGAGGAGAGAAACAUGGCGUUGAGCGAUCCGCAUCAUUCCACCGCCGAUCUGCUUUCUUGGUCUGAGGUCCGUCGUCCUGACUACUCCACCGCCGCUAAUCGCUCUAACCAGCCGUCUGAUGGAAUGAGCGAGGUGCUUGGUGGCGGCGGUCAGAUCACUAACGCGGAAUCCGAAUCGCUUAAUAAGAAUGUUUCUUAUAGGAAGAAUUGUUCUGGGCAUAAGCUAAAAGAAAUGACUGGUAGUGACAUAUUCUCUGAUAAUGGUAAAGAUGAUCCAAAUCACCAGACAAGAAUCCAUUACCAUCAGGAUCAGCUAAGCCAAAUAUCAUUCAGCGGCGAAGAGAAUGCCAUGAAACCAAACGAUAAUGGUAAAGAUGAUCCAAAUCACCAGUCAAGAAUCCAUUACCAUCAAGAUCAGCGAAGCCAGAUAUCUUUCAGCGGUGAAGAGAAUGUGACUCCGAAGAAACCAACCACUUUAAACGAGGCUGCUAAGCAAAAGGAGUUGAGCAGGACUGUAGAAACCCAAGCAGAUUUAAAGAGUAAGAAGAAACAGGCAUUGAACACCAAGACCAAAGCAAUGAGUGGCCACGACAUCUUCGCAUCUCCUGAAAGCCAAUCUUGCCGCUUGUUCGGUGCAACACAACAAGAAGUUAAAGGAAAUAAGAACACGGGGGAAUCUGGACCGAGAAGCUCGCGUGCAUCUGUUAAAGCCUUUAACGGGCAAAGCAGCAGCAACAGACUGUUUAGUGAAGAACAUGUUGUGAAGUCAUCAAAGAAGAUACAUAACCAGAAGUCUCAGUCUCAGGGACUCACAAGCAAUGGUAUCUUCAAGUCUGAUAAAAUCCCUCCUGGUUAUUCAGAGAAGAUGCAAAGCUCAGCUAAAAAGCGGGAAAUGAGCGGACACAAUAUAUUUGCAGACGGGAAAUCGGAAUAUCGGGAUUACUAUGGUGGUGCGAGGAGACCUCCUGGUGGUGAGAGCAGCAUUUCGUUGGUCUAGAUGAGUCUUAAAACCCAAGACACUCUUAAUAUGUUUUAAAUGUUGUCUGACCAAAGUAGUUUGUGUUGGUGUGGUCUUUCUUUGUCUACGGUCUCAUUUAUAACACUAGAUAACUUCAACACAGGCGUGUAUGUGUUGUUCUCUUCUCUUUCUUUAAAAAACAAAAUGGCUUCAGAGUUUUUCUAGUA